UCCCCCAAAAAGAGUCCCAAUAGAAGAGUGUUUGAGAGAGAGAAAGAGAGAAACAUAGGGUUGAGAGCUCAAAAGGUUUCUGCGAUUUCGUUUUCGAUCUGACGAAAACACCGUCGUUUCGUGGGGUUUCUUCUUGGCUGGAUCUGUAGGGUUAUUGUGUUGAGAUCAGGAAGAGAGAUCUAACAAAAGUCGUUUGAUUUUAGUGCAUCAUUGGCUUAGAUUGGAUCUCCUAGGGUUUGGAUGAGUCCAUCUUCACUGGUGAAGAUGGAAGAUGCUAAUCCUAUGGAUGCAACAACCGACAAUUCCCAUCUCGGUAGCUUCAGUGUGGACUCACCUGAAGCUCGAUUCAAUGAGUUCUGCAAGAAUGGAUUGUCAUUGGAUGAGAACACUUGUUCAAAAGCUAUGAAGCUGUUCAAUGAUACUAAACACCUUCUACUGACAAAUAUUUCGGCUAUUGGAAAUGGAGUGCCUGAUGAAGCAUUUAGGUUUUGGUUUGCGUUUGUUCUAUAUUCUGUGAAAAGGCUAAGCGAGAAGAAUGGAGAUAGUGAGCAGCAAGGGUGUGAUGAGAAUGGGGUUACCUUGUGCCAGAUAUUGAGAGUUGCAAAGCUGAACCUUGUGGAGUUCUUCAAGGAGCUUCCACAGUUUCUUGUUAAGGCUGGUCCAAUUUUGAGUGAUCUAUAUGGUGCAGAUUGGGAGAACAGACUUGAGGCUAAGGAGUUGCAGGCCAAUUUUGUGCACAUGAGUCUUCUUAGCAAGUACUACUUACGUGCAUACCGGGAGUUCUUCUUGACAAGUGAUGCAAAAACUGAUAAUCAGUUGGCUGUUGCUACUGCUGGUUAUGUCUCAGACUACCAUCGGUUUGGAUGGUUGCUGUUUUUGGCACUUCGUGCACAUGUAUUCAGCCGUUUUAUGGACUUGGUUACUUGCACAAAUGGUUUGGUUUCCAUAUUGGCUAUCUUAAUUAUUCAUGUUCCUGUUCGCUUCAGAAAUUUCAAGCUCCAUGAGUCUCGCUUUGUUAUGAAAGAAGGGAAAUGUAUGGACAUCCUUGCAUCACUUUGCAACAUGCAUAACACCUCAGAAGAUGAGUUGAGGGAAACAAUGGAAAAGGCGAAUAAUUUAAUAGCAGAUAUUUUGAAGAAAACGCCACACCCAGCAUCUGAGUGUAGGGGUGAAAACAUGGAGAACAUCGAUGCAGAUGGUUUGACAUAUUUUGAAGAUCUACUGGAGGACUCAUCUUUGUCAUCCAGUUUAGAUAUUUUGGAAAAGGAUUAUGGUGAUGCAAUUCGUAGCAAGGGUGAGCUGGAUGAGAGGGUGUUCAUUAAUGAUGAGGACAGCAUACUUGGUUCAGAAAGCUUGUCUGGAGGUGCUCUGAACACAACUGGUGUCAAGAGGAAAUUUGAUUCGAUAGCAUCACCAGCUAAGACAAUUACAAGUCCACUCUCUCCCCAGCGCUCUCCUGCAUCUCAUGCAAAUGGAAUUCUUGGUGGUUCUAAUUCAAAGGUGGCAGCUACACCUGUGAGCACCGCAAUGACAACUGCAAAGUGGCUUCGGACUGUCAUUUCUCCACUUCCAUCAAAACCCUCAGCAGAGCUGGAGCGUUUCCUGGCAUCAUGUGAUAGGGAUGUAACUGAUGAUGUAAUACGCAGGGCACAUAUAAUACUGCAGGCUAUAUUUCCAAAUAGUGGUCUUGGAGAACGUUGUGUGACUGGAAAUUUGCAAAAUGCAAACCUUAAGGACAACAUCUGGGCAGAACAACGAAAACUUGAAGCACUCAAGUUAUAUUAUAGGGUAUUGGAAGCAAUGUGUAGAGCAGAGGCCCAAAUAUUGCAUGCAACUAAUUUGACCUCUUUGUUAACUAAUGAGAGGUUCCACAGAUGUAUGCUUGCCUGUUCUGCCGAACUAGUUCUGGCAACACAUAAGACUGUCACAAUGUUGUUUCCCGCGGUGUUAGAGAGGACUGGCAUUACAGCUUUUGAUCUUAGCAAGGUCAUAGAGAGUUUCAUUAGACAUGAGGAAUCUCUCCCGAGAGAAUUGAGGCGACAUUUGAAUUCAUUGGAAGAACGACUUUUGGAGAGCAUGGUAUGGGAAAAGGGUUCCUCUAUGUAUAAUUCUUUGAUAGUUGCAAGGCCUACUCUCUCUGCAGAAAUAAAUCGUCUUGGAUUACUGGCAGAACCAAUGCCAUCUUUAGAUGCAAUUGCCACACACAUUAAAUUUUCUUGUGGAGGGGUGCCCCCCGUGCCUUCUUUGCAGAAGCAUGAGACUUCACCAGGUCAGAAUGGGGAUAUCAAGUCUCCAAAGAGACUCUGCACAGAUUAUCGAAGUGUAUUGGUAGAGAGGAAUUCCUUUGCAUCACCAGUCAAGGAUCGCCUCCUGGCCUUCAGUAACCUUAAAUCAAAGCUGCCGCCACCUCCUUUGCAGUCUGCGUUUGCUAGCCCAACUCGGCCAAAUCCGGGUGGUGGAGGAGAGACAUGUGCAGAAACUGGAAUCAAUAUAUUCUUUAGCAAGAUUACCAAGUUGGCUGCUGUCAGAAUCAGUGGUAUGGUUGAAAGGCUACAACUAUCUCAGCAGAUUAGGGAGAAUGUCUACUGUCUUUGUCAACAAAUACUAAGUCAGCGGACGUCUCUAUUUUUUAACCGCCACAUUGACCAAAUCAUCCUUUGUUGUUUCUAUGGAGUUGCAAAGAUAUCUCAACUAACCCUGACCUUUAGGGAAAUUAUUUACAAUUAUAGGAAGCAACCACAAUGUAAACCACAAGUUUUCCGCAGUGUGUUUGUUGAUUGGCCAUCAGCACGGCGCAAUGGAAGAACAGCACAGGAACAUGUUGAUAUCAUUACAUUUUACAAUGUAAUAUUUAUUCCUGCUGUAAAGUCACUGCUGGUUGAGCUCGGCCCUGCUGGAACAACUAUAAAAACUAACCGAGUUCCUGAAGUCAACAAUAAUAAUGAUGCUCAAUGUCCUGGAUCACCUAAAAUAUCUCCUUUUCCAAGUCUCCCCGAUAUGUCGCCAAAGAAAGUAUCAGCAGCACACAAUGUAUACGUCUCUCCGUUGCGAUCAUCUAAGAUGGAUGCUUUAAUCUCACAUAGCUCAAAAAGCUACUAUGCUUGCGUUGGAGAGAGUACUCAUGCAUAUCAGAGCCCUUCAAAAGACCUGAGCGCCAUCAAUAACCGCUUGAAUGGUACCCGAAAGCUCAGAGGAACGUUAAACUUUGAUGAUGUUGACGUUGGCUUGGUUAGUGAUUCUAUGGUGGCCAAUAGCCUCUACCUUCAAAAUGGGAGUUGUGCAUCCUCAUCAGGUGCACCAGUGAAGUCUGAGCAACCAGACUCAUAAUUCCACGGGCAGUGUCCCUGCAUGUAAAUUCUAAUUACUCUGAUUCUCCACAUUUAAAUCUAUACUUGUUAAGCUUGUGACAAAGGGGUCUUGUACGUGCGGUUGUUUAGUACAGAAUGCCGCCACAAACCCCCGUGUGCUUAUGUAAGUUAGGUACGGAGCUCGGAAAAAAAAUGUAGUUGCUUUUGAUUCACUAAUCUAAUAAAAUUUGUUUUUAGCUUA